GUCGUUCCAUGUUUGGUGAAAUUCACAGAGAACAUUGCUCAGGCCUUCCAAAGACGGCCCAGGAACAAACUCACUCACUUCUGAGAAAAGUAUAGGGCUGGGGCCAGAAGCAAUUAAUCUGUAUGAGCAAGCAUUUGGGAGGCCUUCAUUUGAAAUGAAUUACUUGUGCUAAUUGGCUAGAAAGUCAUUUUGAUUGCAUAUGAGCGUCGCGGCUAACCCAUAUUGAGCUGUGAUGUAUUUUCCACCCUGAAAUGUCAACAUGACGUGUGGAUCUCCGAGACAGCACAAAUGGAUGGACAGCAGGAUUCGCAUUGAUAAUAACAGGGUCUCCAACUAGAGAAGCCCCAGGUGAGACAGACACAGUGAUCCUGGCAACCCGUGUAUGUUCAGAGGCAUUUUCCAGAAGAGGGCUCACAUUCUCAAUGACAAAAUUUGGAAAAGCUAGAAGACCUUAGAGGAAACACAAAAUUUUACUUUUUUAAAUAAGGAUUUCUGCAAGGCUUCUCAAUCUCUUUUGUAUUGUAAAACCACAAAGGAAAAGUGCAUACUGGAAUGUACAAGACCCGGCCAGCAUCAUCAGGGUCUCCUGUGAGUUUGUUAGAAGUGCCAGUUCUUCGAUCCCACUGACAUGUUACUGGAAAAUCUGCAUUUUAACAAGAUCUCCAAGCAGUUUGUGUGCACUGGUAAGUUUGAGAAGCAUGCAUCAGAUUACUGAUGAAUACCAACACAGAAAGCAGAGUAAUUCUUAUAUCUCCCAAAAUCUUUUGAGAGGAGUUUUCCUUCUUAAGCACCCCAUUAUUUCAGACUGAGCAACUGCUAGCGCCAAUGGAGAGUGACAGGAAUAAAUCCUGGUGUCUCCUGCCACCUUGUGGUGAGAAGGCCCAACCCAGGCGGAAUUCGUUCUCCGACAAAUAAAUGGGGCGACAUUGGAAGGGAGGGGCGGGCCAGGUCCUCAACUUUCUCAGCAGUGUGCUUUGAGAGAGUACUACAGAAUUCCAAGAUACAAUGAAAUCCUUUGGGGUACAUUUUCAGAUGUCCCAACAACAGCUGGUCUUUUCAUGUGUGUCCCACGCAGGACACAGAGAGAGAGCGCGUUCAGCAGCGCUGAUUGAGAGACCUAACAAGUUCAGUUUAUGUUUAUCAACAGAUCGCUGGUAUUUUUACAGGUUCCUUCCCCUUUGGAGUUCAAACACGCACAUCCGAAUGUGGUGGUCAGUUGGUAUGAGGGUGGUUUUAUUGCUUAUCUAAAUGGCGGUGGCUGGACAAUCAGAUCACUAUUUCUGCAUUUGCCUUGUCCAAGAAUCUACAAAGUGUUCCACAAAGUCCCAUGGAAUUUCAGACAGCUCUGUCAAAUGCAUCAUCGGUGACCUCCGUGAAGUUGUCAGCAGGGCCAGUCCCAUAAAUGAUGUCCCUAACACUUUGAAGAAAAUAAAGAAAACACUCCAAAAAUUUCCUACAUACUUUGCUCCAAACAGCCUAGACCUUGACAGUGCACUCAGCGACUGGAUGAUUUUCUUGUGAAGUCUGUAAGCUCAGGAGCUGAGCUAAAGAAAUCCAGAACAGCUACUACAGGUGAAGCUGACAGCAAUGGCCCACCCUCAGCUCUCUCUACCAGAACCCUUUAAGGUGGCCUACGAGAAGGUUGGCCAGAGUCGAAGAUUACAGCAACUGAAAAAGAAAAAUGGCUCAUUCAAAAGGAAAGGGAUUGAAAGGUGGCAUAGAGCUGUGUCUACCAACUUAGUAAAACAAAAUGUAUUGGUCCCCAAAGAGGAAUCAUCCAGUGACAGUGACAUAGGAUUUCACGAAAGCCAGCAAAACCAGAAGAAAAACUUGAUGAAGAAAAUGAAGACUGCUCUUGGGAGGAUGCUGUCAUACAAACACAGAAGCAAGCCAGCAACUACCAGCAAAGGAGGCUCCACUGACCAGAAAGAAGCCCUCCUCUCAAACAUGCAGAGUCUUCUUCUUAGAGGUGGCAGGGAGCUUUCAUCUCCCAAGCUAUUUACCAAACCAAAAAUGAGAAAGCUCGCUGAGAAUGAAGCGACUAUACAACUUGAUGUUGUAGAAGCAGAGACAGAGGAGAUAACCCAAGGAAAUACACUCCUCCGGGCCAGGAGGACCACCAAGCGGUUAUCGGUGACAUCUCUUCCUUCAGGACUGCAAAAGGUUCCAUAUUCACCAAAAAAGAGACCACACUUUCCAGCACUUAAGAAAAAGAAACAUGGAAUGAAAAACAUCCUCCGAAAAUCAGAUUUGUCAGUAGGAAAGCUUCAAAUGCAGGUGGAUGACCUUAUAGAAACAGUGGCUGAUAAAUCCAUGAAGUUACUGGCCCAAAGACACGCAGAGCUGCAACAGUGUGAGUUUCUAGGGGAUGAAAUUCUUCAGUCUUCUAAACAGUUCCAAAGGAUAUCAAAGAGAACCAUGAGGAAAUACAAGCUGAAAAAUGCCUCUGAAGAGAAAGCCAGAAAAAUCUACUCUUGAUUAAUCAAGAGUUGACUCCACUGGACAUUUAAGGUAAGUGAAAAUUUGAAGUAUUAACACAACCUUAAUAUAAGAUCUAAGGCUGGCGCGGUGUCUCACGCCUGUAAUCCUAGCACUCUGGGAGGCCGAGGCAGGCAG